ACAAUCGUGAUUUCGCCAUCCUUUUCCUUCUUUCGCACCAAUUCAAUCCAGCGAAACUAUAGUCGCUGUCUCCCACGCACGAUCAGACUCGAAGUUCUGGUUGGCACUUGCGACAUCUUCACUGAGAAACGACCUACCUCGAUCAACAGCCGCGAAUCGAUACACUCUAUUCAAAAUGAAUGCGCCAGAGCCUGAGCAGACCCCCUUCGAGGCUGUCAGUGUCCACACCUCAAGGAUCCAGCGAAAAUACCAAGCUUUGCUAGACCAGUCAACCCCUUUCGUUCUCUAUAGAUGGGUCGGCACAGUUGUCUGCCUCGUGCUUUUCUUCCUGCGAAUCUUGGUUGCGCAGGGCUGGUACAUCGUUGCCUAUGCGCUCGGCAUCUACCUUCUGAAUCUGUUUCUUGCUUUCCUGCAGCCCAAAUUCGAUCCCUCCAAUGAAGAAGCCGACAAUGAUAUGGAGGACGGCUCUGUAGGCACCCUGCCUACCAAGUCCGACGAGGAGUUCAAGCCCUUCAUCCGCCGACUUCCCGAGUUCAAGUUCUGGUACUGGGCCACCCGAGCCAUUGUCAUCGGCUUUACCUGCAGUUGGUUCGAGGUCUUCAACGUGCCAGUUUUCUGGCCUGUUCUGGUCAUGUACUGGUUCAUCCUUUUCUUCUUGACCAUGCGCAAGCAAAUCCAGCACAUGAUCAAGUACCGCUACGUUCCCUUCACCGUUGGCAAGAAGAACUACGCCAAGAACAGUUCGUAA